CACUUUCCGGUCUCCAUGGCGACCGGGCGCUUCGGGGUUGAAGAGACUUUGGGGGCCCUGAACGCGGCCCUGCGGCCCCCGCCGCCCGCCUGUGGCCCCGGCGGCUCCGUGUGGUUCAAGGAGAGUAGCGCCCGGAACCUGCGCAGCCGCGACUUCCUGGCGCCUCGCGGCGCGCUGCGGGCCCUGUUCGGGGACGGGCAGGUGCCAAAAGACAUCCUCGAUGGGGUUGCAGCCCUAGAGGGCCCAGGUGUACCCCCCAUUCAGAAAUGCACCCAGACCCAGGCUGGGUUGGCACUCCAGCUGGAGAGGCCCAUGGUCUUUGAGCAGGUCCUGAGCUCCCUACAAGGCUAUGUGGCACCUCAACCUACCUCUUCCACAUCCGAGCAUAGCAUCAUCCUGGACUGUGUCCCCCUCCAUGGUCCAAAAGGGCCGGAUGCCUUAAGCCUAAACCAGCUGAGAGCUAUCCUGGUGGCCGAUCACCUGGCACAGGCUCUUCGAACACAAGGGGUGACUGUUCACCAGGUUCCAGCUGUACAGGACUCUGGGCUCAGGGAUUUCCUACAACAGCUAAAAGUGAACUGGCCAUCAGCUUCCAAGACAUCCUCAGCCCCAGAGUGCACUGUAGCAUUGAAGGAAGUUCUUAGAAAUCAUGCUGCUGUCCCAGCUGAAGACUUACCCCUGGGAGUGGUGUGCAAAGUGUCCUUGAAAGAGUUUUUGAAGCAGCAGCCAGGCCUGGAAGGCUUUGACCCCAACCUGGACAUCUGUUUAGUAACUGAGGAUCAGCUGGGAGCCCUGAGUGAGCUCCAAGAGGCUGCCCGGCACUGCCCCAGGCAUCUCCCCGUGAGUCACAGCGAGCGCCUCCUGCAGGCUGAGUCUUGUGCUGGAGGUGAGGCCUGCUCUGUGGUUCAUGUGGUGAGCUGUGAGGAAGCAUUCCAACAGCAGAAGCUAGACCUGCUCUGGAGACUGCUGGAUGCCAAUGCCCCUUCCAGACAGAAGCACCUUGUCUGCGGACCAGUGAAAGUUGUGGGCUCUCCUACCCCACUGAGUGCUCUCCAGUACUCUAGACUCCGGCAGUCCCAGAUGCAUGAAGCUUCAGUGCUGAAGUAUGGAGUUGACUUUGUUCAGGAUGAGACCUGGAGUGAAAUCAUCGGGGCUCUCACUUCUGCUGCAGUCAAGUUUGAAAUGCUAAGUACAGCCCAUCGAAGUCAGAUGUCCUUGGACCUGGAGGACACCAGCAUCUCUACCAAAGGCACCAAGAGUGGAGCUUUUGUCAUGUACAACUGUGCCCGCCUCGCCACCCUCUUUGAUGGCUAUCAGCGGGGUGUGGAGCAAGGUCUGUAUCCUGCUUUCCCUGAUGUGUCGGAGAUGGACUUCUCCUUGCUUCGUGAAGAGGGUGAAUGGCUGCUACUUUUUAACGGCAUCAUCCCCUUUCCUGAGGUACUCAGCCAAUCAGCACAGCUUCAAGUGUCGAGCCCAGGAAUCCGCCUAACAGCCAACACAGAGGCGGUAUGUAAGUUUCUGGUGCAUCUGAGCAUGGACUUUAGCUCCUACUAUAACCGAGUGCACAUCCUUGGGGAGCCACAGCCUCAUCUGUUUGGCCAGAUGUUUGCUCGGUUACAGCUAAUGCGGGCUGUUCAGGAGGUUUUUCACAGCGCCCUGGCCACCCUGCAUCUCCCCCCACUGAGCCAGAUCUGAGGGCACUGUUCUGUCCUGCAAGGACCUUCCAGACCUGCCAUUCGAUGCUUGCCUCAAGGGCAAUUGUCUCAGGACACUUAUAAAGGUCAGCAAGAUGGGUGUUUGGCUGCGGUGACUUGUGGCCUACUGUUUACUUGGUUGAAAUGGUAUAUUUUGGACAAAAAUAUUGCUGCCCCGCCCCCCCCCCCCCCCAACACAGCCUUCAGCACUCUCCAGGUGCCCUGUUUCAUCUGUGAGGCCAGGCUCUUAGCAGCCACUACUCUUCUCUAAGACAGCUUUUCAACUCUGAUUCACUAACAAACAAGAAGUCUUAGUAUCAUCAGGGCACAAAAAGCCCCAUGACUGCUGGCAGAAAACUGACAUUUCUAUCUAAAAUAAAGUGCUUUGUUGAUUUUCA